AUGCAUUCCGACGUCCAAUCACUCAAGAUAUGCGUCAUCGGCGCUGGCAUGGGCGGCUUGACCUGUGCACUUGGCCUUGCCCGUGCCGGCUUCAAGGACAUCACAGUGUAUGAAAUGGCGUCAAAUCUCGGCUUUGUUGGGGCAGGCAUACAAAUGGCGCCCAAUAUGGCCCGCAUUCUUGACCGGUUCGGUGUGUGGGACGACAUUUUCAAGGAAGCGGUGGUGUUGAACGAGACGAGUAUCCGGCAAGGCUCAACCGACAACGAGCUCGGGCAUGUGGACUUGAAGUACAUUCGUGAGACGUAUGGCUUCCCACACACGGUCGGUCACCGGGCCACACUUGCAGGCGAGCUCUACAACGGCUGCAAAAGAGAGUCGUCCAGCAUCAAGUUCAACUUCGCGACGACAUGUGAGAAUUUCAAGUUUGCGCCCAAGCCCAGCUUUACCGCCAUCCCGCGCAAGGGCGGCGAGCCGUACGAGGUGCAAUGCGAUAUUCUGCUCGGAGCAGACGGGGUCAAAUCAAACACACGGGUCGCGAUGCUCAAAGAGCUCAACGUCGAUGCAGACAUCGUAGAUACGGGUCAGGCGGCCUAUCGAAUCAUGCUCAGUCGGGAACAGAUGUCAUCGGAUCCGGAACUGCUGGCCCUCAUCGAUGCCGACAAAGUGAUACGCUGGAUCGGCGCGAAGAGACACAUUAUCGCAUACCCAGUGUCCAGCAAACAAAUCUACAACAUCUCGACAACGCAGCCAGAUGUCAACUUCGCGGCGGCUCCCUCGGCCACGUACACGACCAAGGGUUCAAAGAAAGCAAUGUUGGAGGUCUUUGGAGAUUUUUGUCCCAUGAUCCAUCGCAUGCUCGAUCUGGUGCCGGAAGGGGAAGUAUGCGAAUGGAAGCUGAGAGUCCACGCGCCUCUCCCGACGUGGGUCAUGGGGUCCAUGGCGUUGGUCGGCGACGCGUGCCACCCAACAUUGCCGCAUCUUGCGCAAGGGGCCGCGCAGGCCAUUGAAGACGCCGCAGUUCUUUCCGUGGUCCUUUCCCAUCUCCCGUCAGGCGCGACCCCUGCAGACAUCAACAAGGCUCUCCGGCUGUAUGAGACGGUGCGGAAAGAGCGGGCCGAGACACUGGUCGAGCUGGCUGCGGCGAGCGGCCGCGCAAUGCAUCUGGGCGAGGGAGCAGCGAAGGAGGAGCGAGACAAGCAAUUUGCCGCGCUCAAGGCCGGGAAAGGACCCGUGCCGGACAAAUGGGCUGACGCUGAUGUUCAGAAGAUGGUCUAUGGGGUCGACUGCAUGAAGGUGGCAGAAGAGUUGGCCAAAGCCGAAAUGAAUGGCGCAUGA